AAGUGCCUCGACGAGCUACCGCUGCCACGAUUUGAGCUUGCCCUUACUGAUCUGGAGCUCCACUGGACUGUUCACAACAACAGAAGAAGAAGAAGACGCUCCACUUCGGACCGAACGAAGCACGGUCGCGAUUUGUAUUAAUAAGAAGCUGCUUCGGAACCAAACCCCACAGAAACCAGCGUCACUCGUGCGACGGGGCUUCGCUUGUUUUUGACUUGGCGGCUAUUGUUCGCACCGAGCUCGCCUUGUCCUCCUUCUUCGCAGGGACAGCGGUGGUGGUGGUGUCGGCUGAUACAUCCGAUACGAGUCGUUGUGGAACAUGGCUCAGCAUGGGCACCAUGUAGCCAGUUCCCAGAAAGCACUGAUGCUGGAGAUGAAGAGUCUCCAAGACGAGCCGGUGGAAGGGUUCAAGAUAACUUUGGUGGACGAGUCGGACAUGUACAACUGGGAAGUAGCGAUAUUUGGACCCCCGAACACGCACUACGAGGGUGGUUAUUUUAAGGCUCGGAUCAAGUUCCCCGUCGACUACCCGUACUCUCCACCUGCUUUCCGCUUCCUUACCAAAAUGUGGCACCCCAACAUUUAUGAGAAUGGGGAUGUGUGUAUCUCUAUCCUGCACCCACCAGUGGACGACCCACAGAGCGGAGAGCUGCCAUCAGAGAGAUGGAACCCCACACAGAACGUCAGGACCAUCCUGCUCAGCGUCAUCUCCCUUCUGAACGAGCCCAACACCUUCUCCCCGGCCAACGUGGACGCGUCCGUCAUGUACCGCAAGUGGAGGGAUAGCAAGGGCAAGGACCGAGAAUACAUCGAGAUCAUCAGGAAGCAGGUGCUGGGUACUACAGCUGAUGCAGAGCGGGACGGCGUCAAGGUUCCCAUCACAUUAGACGAGUACUGCGUCCGCACCCAAGUCCCGCCCACAGACGACGGCUCAAACCUUCUAUACGACGACUACUACGACGACGAGGAGCUGGAGGACGAUGACGAUGAGGACGACAAUGACUGUUGCUACGAUGAGGACGACUCAGGCACCGAGGAGUCCUGACCUCGCCUCCCUGUGACGCCAGCCCCUCACCCCUGACCAGUCCCUGCCCCCUACCCCCACCCACACCUCCCUCCUCUGUCAUGGACUGAACUUUAACUCCCCGUCUCCCCAGCCCUUCUUCUUCUUGCCCUCAACCCCUCAUCAUCAUCCUCACUUAGCACAGGCCCCACUGUCCCCUCCUGUCACAUGUGCAGUCGCACACUAAAACCUGAUGCAUCGAAGAAAAGAAAGCUACAGAGUUGUUUUUGUUGGUUUCCUUCAUGUGUUCUUAUAUUCUUUCAUACUUUUUGUCUGAGUAGAGGUUACACACACAGCAGGAAAACUUAUGGCAACAGUACUUCCUCGUCUGCUUCGGCUCGUCUGCUCCGGUAACUUUGUUCAAAUUGUUUGGAGCUGCACAACAUAUUUCUUCCUCUGGCUUUGAGAAGAACAACAAUAAGUUGUGUGCUCUGUCUUUUUUAUUUGGUCACCCACUGUCAUCAUCAUGAUGCAGCAGCAGCAGCAGCAGCAGAGAGGAAUGUAAUAUCACAGGUCAGAUCAGAGCGUAGAGCAUUUGCAAAGUAACCUAAUUUAGAAAAAUUAUACUGUGUGUGUUUGUGUGCGUGCGUGUCUGCGUGCGUGUGUGUCUUGAAAAGUUGAGUCAUGUCCGCCUCUGAGCCAUGUGUGUGACUUCCAGUUACCAGGCCGUUUGAAGGCCUGUCAUGCCUCACCUCUGACAUUUCUAGAGCCCCAGGGCUCGUGCUGCUCCAAAAAAGGGAAGCCUCUGCCUUGUGCCUUCCCUCGCUCCCUGAUACCGCAGAUCUGAACGGCUCAUGGGGCAGACGGGUCACAGCAAAAAAAAGUUAGCGGCCAGACAAACAAAGGUGGCAGGGGGAGAUAUUCAGGCACACAAGGUCUCCGGUGUUGAAAAACUGACGGAACAAGUUAUUAAUAACUGCUUCCGUCCGAUUUUGUCCAGGGUUGUGAGUAAGAAAGGUGAGAUCCAACAGCUGAACUGAAGUAUGGAAUGUAGAUCAGGAUCGUCCUCGACUGACUGCCACGCAGCCUUCAUCACUCAAGCACGUGCUACUUGUGGCCUGGAUGCAUUAACAAACAGCUAUCUGAGCCUGCUGCUGCUCAUGAAAUCCAAUGUACUGUAUUUAAAAGAAACCUAUGCAGUCAGUGCUUGAACUCACUUCUUAUGCAGUGCUUUAAAGCGUGGCGGACUCCAGCUCGAGUUUUACAAGCCAACGACAUACCUGUUUUAUGUUUGUCAGUGGUUUAGUAUUCUAAACCCGAGGAGUACACGUCUCCAGAGGAAGAAGAAACAAGAGUGAGGUUCUACACAAGACGUCACAGAGCACAUCCCCCUAGUGGCGGCUCUGUGCACAGGCAGCAUGUUGUUUUUUCUACUCAGAGUUGCUGGACUGGGCCACAGCCAUCGUGACUCACCUGAAUCAAUGCCCCCUGCUCCCUGAGAGGAGAUCAGGUCACAGUGCGAGUGAUUUAGGAAUUGGCCUGAUGGAGGGGUUCUGGUUUUCUGUCUGUACUCUGUCAGGAGUCCUCUGUUGCACACUCAAAGACACAGUACCACCAUCCAGCAGUAUUUCUGAUCAACAUUGCUGUAACAAUGUAUCCGUUAUGUGUGAGCGAGUGAAUGAGUGAGUGAAUAUUUCGCAGAUCGUUUAUGAGAAGUUGUGGAGAAGAAGCACAGAAAUGGGGAAGGCAUGGGGGGGAAUAGGGUUGAACUUUGAGCAUGAACAGGAGAAUAUGGUUCUUCACUAGCAUGCUGUUAAUGAUGUGUUUGUGGUUUUAGAUCUGCUAUAAGGGUCGGGAUUGUGUCCAGGGACUAAGGUUCUCAAUUAUUAAUCUAAAACUGUUGCAUUGUGAAUGGCCUGAGGGCUGUCCGAUUAUUUUUUUGGGGGGGCUUCUUUUUCCGGUUUUUUUAUGUAAUCCUUUUUAUUUUCAAAUUGUGGUGUGAGCUGCAAUGUUUUCUGUCUUAUAUGUAUUAAGUGCUAAGAAUAUUGAUCUGAUUGAUUUGAAAAAAACAAAACAAAAAAAACAGGAUUGUUCGGAAGAGCGAAAUAAAAUGUAUGGCCCAUUUGAUUUCACGAAAAUCGGAAAAGUAACACAGAACCAAAUUGACCCAGCACAUUUAACAGUAACUCUCCAGCCCGGCUCAGCUCUGAACGCUCAGCGAUGAGUGAUCAUUAUUCCAUAACUGACUGAUGUCCGUUCCACAGCCGAUUGAAUGAUUCUCCCCCUCAGUUUUGAUGUUUUUAGGGUGAAUGGGAUUUCAUUUUUUUCUCUUUUACUUUCCUUUUGUCAAACCACUGUUGUUUUCAUCGCCUCCUCCCCAGUUCUCUGAGCUCUGAUUGGUGGCAGCAUCACUGAGGGGAAAAAAAACCCCAGCAGUUAAUUACAGAAAACAACAAGAACCUCAGGAAAAAACAAAAAACAACCAACAAAACAAACAAAUCCUUUUCCCAGCUGAGUGAACCUGACCCUGGGGAGUCUCACUUUUUGGCUUCACAGGACUGUUUACAAUCCCUUGAUAUGCACAUGUGGAUAUUUUGACGAUCACUUGAUGUUUUUUUUUUCUUGUUUAUUUCUUUUUUUUCUUAUGGUUUGUAAAUCUAUUUAAACUCUGAAAUAAAGAUCUUUAUUAGA